CUUGCAUAGGGGCGUCGAGAAAUCCCUAUAUAACUCUGGAUUUAUAUCCCAUUUCUCGGACUGUUCCUUUCCUUCUGACCUCCACAGCAGGCCGAUUUUUUUCUCACUUUAGAGCCCGGUUAGCUCCUGCGACAAAUCUUGCUGGUCAUUUUGAAGCCUUUUUCUCUCAAAUUCAAAUUUCGUGGUUAUCAUGUUCAAACCGACAAUCUUUGUUGUUGCUGCUAUCGUUCUGUCAUUGGUCCAGGCUCGGCCUAUGCUAGUGCUGGACGCUGCACACUCCGAGCCUGUGAAUAGCCAGAAUGGGACACACGUAUUCUCGCUACAGAGUGCUUCCAUGAAGGAUGCUUGUAGUGACGGAACUAUCGCAUGCAUUGAUCAGUUGCUCGCUCAAUGUAUGAACGGCCGUUGGAGCCUUGCUCGGAAGAGAUCCAGAGCUGCAAAUAUUCCUUGUGGUAAUCCCCAAACUCGUAAGGAGUACUCUGCGAAGUAUUCGGACAAACAGAACAAAGCCAGUGACGAGUGCGAGUGCGAGUCUAAGCACUCAGAGUCGAAGGUCGCUGCUACACCCACAGGUUCUACCACCAUGACCACCACCACUCUCACCCCCGAACAAGCGAAGGUAGAAAUCUCGCGGCUUUUGCGUAGUGCUAUGUCCACCGCCUACUACACAUCAACGGGAACGUCUUAUACCGCUGGCCAAACCGCCGUCGCGAGUUCUAGUACUACCAGUGAUUGCACGUCGACAACGUCUAGCAGCGAAAACGGUACUACUGAUUGUUCGAUGAGUACCUCAGCACCCUACCCCGCCAGCCAAACAACCAGAACAAGUCCUGAGGACGCCAGCAGUGAAUGCUCGUCCCGUCGGACUGUGUCACUCGAAGACUAUCCGUCCUCAUCCCCGUCAGCUACAUCCAUGGCAUCCACUACAGGAACGGAGUCGGGAUCUGGCGCCAUAAUCAACAUUCGGUUGACUACGGUGCCAUUGUCAAUGAUAACUGCUACCGUUACCUCAACCUCGGCCACCACCUCUGCGACCAAGAGUAGCGUCAAUAACAAGGCAGGCGGUGGUGAGGGUGGCGCAGAUGCUAUCGUUUCUAUCCGUUUGACCACCAUCCCAAUAACACCAACUGCUACAUGAUGUCACGCCGGGUUUUGACCGAGAUGUUUGCUUGCUUUGCUAUCGUGCUGUCUUGAACAAUCAUGAAUUUUAGAACAUCGCUAGUUUACCUUAUGUCUGUAUUUAAUAGGUAACUAUUAUCAAUGCCAUUCCUUUGUAGCAAAAACUCGGAACCCUAAAUCUAUAUAUGCGAGGGUCUGAAACAAUGUUCCAAUCUAACAUAUGUAGACUGUCGUGAACGGUAA